GGCCACGGCCACGGUCAUGGAGGGGCAGCGGCUGUCCCCGCAACCCCAGCUCCAGCUCUGCGACAGCCUCAUGAUCUGGUUGCAGACAUUUAAUACUGCUGCCCCUUGUAAGAAUGUCCGGCAAUUAACAAAUGGGGUUGCCAUGGCCCAAGUUCUUCAUCAGAUAGAUGUUGCUUGGUUUAAUGACUCUUGGUUAGGCCGAAUCAAAGAGGAUGUUGGUGACAAUUGGAGAAUAAAGGCUAGUAAUUUGAAGAAGGUUCUUCAAGGAAUUACGAGCUAUUAUCAUGAGUUUUUAGGUCAACAGAUUUCUGAAGAACUUAUACCUGAUUUAAGCCAAAUCACUGAACGCUCAGACCCCACAGAGCUUGGCAGGCUACUGCAGCUUAUUUUAGGCUGUGCAGUCAACUGUGAAAAGAAACAAGAACACAUUCAGAAAAUUAUGACCCUGGAAGAAUCUGUUCAGCAUGUUGUGAUGACUGCUAUUCAGGAGUUAAUGAGUAAAGAAAUAGUGAACUGCACUUCAAGUGAUGCUGGGGAGCUAGAACAACAGCUUAGAAGAGCCCUAGAAGAACUUCAGGAUGCAUUAGCAGAGAAAGAAGAACUAAAGCAAAGAUGUGGAGAACUAGACAUGCAGGUAACUGCCCUUCAAGACGAAAAGAACACGCUGGUGUCUGAGAACGAGAUGAUGAAUGAGAGGCUGGAGCAGUUAGACGGCUCUUUGGAAGACCCAAACACGGUGGUGGCAAAAAAGUAUUUUCAUGCCCAGUUACAGCUAGAGCAGCUUCAAGAAGAGAACUUUCGGCUGGAGGCAGCGAAAGAUGACUACCGACUCCACUGUGAGGAGCUCGAGAAGCAGCUGAUUGAGUUUCAGCACCGGAACGAUGAGCUGACGAGCCUGGCCGAGGAAACGAGAGCCCUCAAGGACGAGAUCGACGUUCUCAGGACUACCUCUGAUAAAGCAAGUAAAUUGGAGUCCACGGUAGAGGUUUAUCGUCAAAAGCUACAAGAUCUGAAUGACCUAAGGAGGCAGGUGAAGUCACUGCAGGAUACCAACAUGAUGUACAUGCAUAACACAGUCAGCUUAGAGGAGGAGCUCAAGAAGGCGAACGCCGUCCGCACCCAGCUGGAAAUGUACAAGAGACAGGUUCAGGAACUUCAUCUUAAACUCUCUGCUGAGUCCAAAAGAGCUGACACAUUAGCCUUUGAGAUGAAAUGCCUGGAAGAAAAGCAUGAAGCUUUACUUAAGGAAAAAGAUAGACUGAUCAUACAGUGUGAUGCCCUGAAAGAGACCAACGAGGAGCUCCGGUGUUCCCAGGUGCAGCAGGAUCACCUCAACCAGGCAGGUACCUCAGUCUCAACAAGUUACGAGAACCUUGCUGCUGAAAUUAUGCCAGUAGAAUAUAGAGAAGUGUUCAUUCGCCUUCAGCAUGAAAAUAAGAUGCUUCGAUUACAACAGGAAGGGUCUGAGAAUGAACGGAUUGCGGAGCUCCAAGAACAGCUGGAGCAGAAACACCGGAAAACCAGCGAGAUGGAGACCGAGCAAAGGCUUAGCAAAGAGUAUAUUAGAGGUUUGCAGCAGCAGAUUGAAGACCUUCAGAAGACUCUUCAAGAUCAAGGGCCCAAGCCCGAAGGGGAAAGCUCCAGCAAAUUAAAGCAGCAGCUGGAAGCUCAUAUGGAAAAGCUUACUGAGGUCCAUGAAGAAUUACAGAAAAAGCAAGAACUUAUUGAAGAUCUGCAGCCUGAUGUGACUCAAAAUGUACAAAAGAUAAAUGAACUUGAAGCUGCCCUACAGAAGAAAGAUGAAGAUAUGAAAGCGAUGGAAGAGAGAUAUAAAAUGUACCUAGAGAAAGCCAGAAAUGUAAUUAGAACCUUGGAUCCCAAAUUAAAUCCAGCAUCAGCUGAAAUAAUGCUACUGAGAAAGCACCUGGCAGAGAAAGACAGAAGGAUUGAGAUACUGGAGAGUGAAUGUAAGGAAGCAAAAUUCCGUGAUUAUGAAGAGAAACUCAUUGUAUCUGCCUGGUAUAAUAAGAGUCUCGCUUUCCAGAAGCUGGGGAUGGAAUCCAGACUGACCGGAGGGAACAGUGCCUGCAAGGAUGCUGGUGCAUGCCCUCCUGUGCGCUCCUUCCUUGCACAGCAACGGCACAUCACCAAUGCCAGAAGAAAUCUCUCUGUGAAAGUACCUGCUGCAACAUCUGAUUAAACUCCAAAAGAAACACAGACCCUUAAGUGCCCUUAACUUGUUUGUAGCUUCCACAGUCCUUGUGGAUUAUAAAGAGCCAGUCAUGGUGCUGGACAGAUGCAGAUUUGCUCAUCAAAAAGAAAAUCAAUGAAAUUGAUUUCUAUAAGGCAGUUGUAAUAGCUACAUCCAUCUUUUCAGAUGGUCAGAAAUGAGGAAUUGAAAUAAUAGAAAUUAGAAAGCAUGUAUCUCAAAGAAUUAUAUUUGUCUUCAGAGCAUAGUGUUUAGAAUUACAAAUUGGCAAUGCAUAUUUAAAUUUAAGAUGUCCAGUUAGCCUGGUACCUUGAUUAACCAAGGCAUCAUUGAAAAUUUGUAAUUUGAAAAAACGCCAGCUAUUUUUUAUCCUACAAGAUGAAAAUCACUGAUGUGAGCACACCAAACGGAAGAAAUCUUGGCUGGGUUGGGGUGGGGUGCUGCUUUUAGCUGUACCAAUACUUGUUCAAGUUAAUCUUUCUAUUCUUGCUGUCAGAUGAUAUGAUUUUAGUUUUUACUGGAAGAUGAUUCCAUUGUUGGGAAAAAAAGUUAAAAGUUGCAAUAGCUUUUUCUAUAAAUGCAAAUGAUUAAAUAGAAACAUUUUCAGAUAUUUGAGAGGUCAGAACCUCUCUGUGGGCAGCUAUUAAUCAUAAAUGGGACCAUUCCUGGGAUUAGGCCGUGACCAAUUUUGUUGAAAAUCUUAGACAGGAAUUUAACUAACUUUUAAAAAGUUAUUUUAUCCUUGGAAAAUAAGCUAAAAACUAAGAUUUAGUAUGUCGUAUUCAUAGACAUUUUUAAAAAGUCAGUUGGCAGGGCAAAAUAAUUUAUUGCUUCUAAACAUUCCGGAGUUUUCAGAGCUGACUUGAAACAUUCAUUUUGCCUCUGUGUUUAAAAAGGAGGCAUUAUUUUAGGAAGCUACAUGAAAUGAAUUUAAUUUGACUUAUUCCCUAGGGAGCCACUCUGUGCUAUUUGAUUCACCAAUACCAAAAGUUGUCAGUGUAUUAUUAGCCUCAAGUUUUGGAUAAUCCCUAAAAGAUGUAAUUUUUUAUCUGCUGUGGAGAUAUGUCCUUGUCUGGGCACUUAGAUGACAGCUUCAUCCCAUCUCAGGCAGAAAAUUGUGGAAUGAUGAUGUGGGCAGAUGAAGACGAGUAAUCCCUAGCAUUAAGACCCGACCCCCUGAAUUUCUAUCUCCUGAAGGCUUUUCCAAGAACUCUCUUCUUGGUGUCCGUCCCGUGGACAUGCUGUCUGUCCCAGGCUUAGCUUUUUAUUGCUAGUGUUUCUUUACAAAAUGUCAAGUGUUGUUGUGUCUACAGUAUUGUGUGUUUAGACCUCUGGUUUAGGGACUGUCUCAGUAAGCUUCUCCAGUUUAUUGAAAGGGCAGAAUAGUAUGCCGUUUAAUGUAGUGUGAGCUGGGAUCCUCGUAAGCAAGCGUCAGUGUGUUUUGUACGACUAGAUUUCCUCCUGCGCUACCCAUUUCUGUUGACUACCUCUGGGGUUCUGAUGAUUUUAACUGGUGCAAUGAUGUGGUUGGCUUGUGUUUUGUAUCUUUGUAAGCUCUGCUUGUCUUUGAUUUUGUUGAAAUGGAGAAAAAGCCUUUAUAAGUAUUUGAGCAUGCUGUGCAAAGUUUUCUAACUGUGACAUUUCAGUCCACCCUAGUGAGUAGAAAGGAUUGUCGCCUCAGUGUUGAAGAAUAUUUAUAAAUGAGACUUAAGAAAAGCAUAACUUCACUUUUCUAAUGGGAUUCACUUUAAAGCAGCAGUUGCCCAUCCAGUGAGCCCUGCUUUUUUCAUAGAAUCUCCCUCGGGUGCUAAAUAGAAUUCGGGUGCCCUUGUUCCAUUGCUAGUGAAAUGGAACACCAGCAGUUGUGGCCCCGCUAUGUCUGCACAGGGGGCAUGGUCAGGUUGCAUUUGAUUGUAUUAACAUAUGGGAAAAACAGCAACAACUAUAACCAGGGGGUGUGAAAGCUGGAGGAUAAAUAUCUUUGCAUAGGAAGGGUAGAAGCCGGGUUUCUCCAUGAUGAUGGCUUGUGAUAAUAAUGGGGAAGUCCAAGGACUGUCUGGACUUGAGUCCCUGGCCUGAUUGGUUGAAAGAGAAGAUUGACACCCUGUGGGUGAUAAAGCAUUAGAAAUAAUUGAUCAUGAGCCAGGACUGGUGUAUUUCUUCUUUAAAGAGUGUAUAUUCUCUGGAGGCCAGGGUGGGUUUACCUUGGAGUAGAAAUGCACCACAUUUAUCCGUGUGAAAAGAAAGGGACUGUUCUAGUGGUGAUUAUAAAACCAAUUCAAGAUCAGUCCUUAAUUUGGAGUCUCUAUUGUGAGAUUUUUAUUUGUUUUUCUUUUUUCAAAGUGUGGUGGUAUACAUACAUACAUAUGUAUGCAUAUGUGUACAUAUAUGUAUGUGUAUAUAUACUGUGACAAUGAUGGUUAGUUUAUCUGAGAUUUAUUGAGAAUAUUGAAAAAUAUUUGAAUUUUACUCUAUUUUUCCAGUGAAUAAUUAAGGUUAUUGAAUAUAUGAUUUAGUACAGAUUUAAAUUAUUCAUAUAUCUCUUAAACUUUUGUCUGGAAACCUAAAUGGUGUCUCUAAUUUUUUUGUCAUUUCAUGUUUAAUGUAAAGUGAUAAGUUGAAUGCUAACAGUUAAAGUUCUUCUUAAUCCUAAGGCUACUUGUGUCUACUUACAAACACAUCUGAACCAGUGAAAAAUCAUUCCAGCAAAUGAAUAUUGUGCGUUUCAUCUGUCCCUUAGUUUAUCCUACUACGUUUAGUCAGAAGCUUCUCAAUUUAUGGAAAUGGGUAUGCAUGUAACUAUGUCUGCCUACAUUUUUGUGAAUUUUCUUUUUAACCUUCAGUGAAAUAAUUUAUGGAAUCACUAAGGCAUCAGUUUCAUUUUUUAAAAAGGAAACCAACAAUUUCCUGAAUUCGAUGUAGUUUUGUGUAAUGUUUUACCUGUCAGAGGUACGUGAAGGCCCUUCCUCUUUUUUGUGGGAAAGUUUUACUUGGACACGGUUUGCCACACGACAGAAGCAAUACCUGAUUUAUUUUCCUAAGUAGCCAGGACGUCCUUUUGCAUUGUGGUUGACAGCUAGCAGACGGCCCAGCAAUGAAGAAUGUGGUCAGCUUCCCUGAUGCCUUUCUCGCUUUUGUGUCCAGUGGGCCUGCCAGCUUCCAGUGGACAUACGGGACAUGUGGCCUGCUUUAAUUUUCCAAUGUACGUUCACCUCAAUCGGUUUAGAAACAAUGUUGCACUACUUUUUAUUCUUCCCUUCUUUGAAAAUAUUCUUUUUAUAUUUACAUAAAGGCCAAUGAAAGUGAC